CUCUGAACUACAGGCCAUUGAAGGAGCUCUGAGCUAAAGCCCGAAUUUUGGAAUCCGAAUCCAUUCCCUGCAACAAUGGCCACUUGCUAUCCAGCACCCGUAGUUCCGGGGCAGACCCGCAUAGGUUGGAUAGGCAUAGGAGUGAUGGGCGGCGCGAUGGCCUCCCGCCUCCUAUCCGCCGGCUACAGCGUCACUCUCUACUCACGCACGCCGUCAAAGGCCAUCGAUCUUCAAUCCAAAGGUGCACAUUUAGCCGAAUCGCCCGCAGAUGUCGCGCGCGUUAGCGAUGUUGUGUUUACUAUGCUGGGACACCCAUCAGAUGUUCGACAAAUUGUCUUAGAGGGGCCAAAGUGCAUCCUCUCUUCUCUCAACCCCAACGGCGUUAUCGUGGAUCACACUAGCAGCCAUCCAGCUCUUGCCAGGAGAAUCUUUGACGCCGCUGUUGAGAAGAACUGCUGGGCAGUUGAUGCGCCCGUUUCGGGAGGCGAUACCGGGGCUAAAGAAGGCAAGCUGGCCAUCUUUGCUGCCGGAAAUGAAGAUGUGGUGAAGUGGUUGAACCCAUUGUUUGAUGUGAUGGGGAAGGGGACUUACAUGGGCGGUCCAGGAAAGGGGCAGAGUUGCAAGAUUGCGAAUCAGAUCACUGUUGGUGCAAACUUGUUAGGACUGAGUGAAGGUUUGGUUUUUGCAGAUAAGGCAGGGGUGGAUAAAGGCAAGUUCUUGGAGGCAAUCAGGGGCGGCGCAGCCGGGUCCAUGGUUAUGGAGUUAUUCGGGAAACGAAUGAUCGAGAAGGACUUUAGGCCCGGUGGGUUUGCAGAGUACAUGGUGAAGGACAUGGGAAUGGGUGUGGAUGUUGUGGAGGAAGAAGGGGAGGAUGUGGUGGUCUUGCUUGGUGCUGCAUUAGGAAAACAGCUUUUCUCAGGGAUGGUUGCUAAUGGAGAUGGCAAGCUUGGAACUCAGGGACUUAUUACAGUGAUAGAAAGGCUUAAUUGUAUGUGAGAAUGUGAAAUCAUUGCUUUCUUGAAAGCAUGGCAUGUCUAUCCAUGUCUGUUUUCUAUUUGGGGGAGCCAAUCCUAGUUUCUUGCUUCAGUGAUCAUUUGGAAGAUGUUGGGUGUUUUAAUGAACAUGAAAGUUUUAGACUUUUAGUUGGGUUGUGUGCACUUGAGUUGAGGGCAAUACCAUUGUCCCUGUACAGAAUAAAUUUGAUGAGAAAUUGAAGUUUGGCACUUUGGUGAGUUGGUCUAUAUAAUUUGCUGGUUGAUUUCCCCUCUU